UACUCUUUUGCUUCUGCAAUUGCAGAUUCGUACUCUUAUCUUCUUUCUUCUCUUCUCCUCAAUACUACUAUCCAAGAGUUGCUGGGUGAUAGCUGUUCUUGGAUCUUCAUACAGAAAUCUUUCUACUGGUGAAUUAACUGAUCUUUAGGAUUAUACCAAAGUACCUUACUACGUGAUCUUCUGAAGACAUUUGAAGAUCCUAGAAGUAAAAUUCUGAACUAUAGUAAUGACUUGCUUUCCUGCAUUCUGGAGAAACAAAAAGUCCAGGAGUAAAAUUGUGCAGCAUGACAAAGAUAUACCGAUCAUCAGCAAUGUGAAGAUAUACUCCUCCAAGGAGCUCAGAAAAGCCACAAAAAAUUUCUGCUCAGGACAAAAACUAGGACAAGGUUCUUUUGGCUGUGUCUACAUGGGAAAGCUCAGGAAUGGUCAGAAAGUUGCCAUCAAGGUGCUCUCCUCAGAGUCAAGGCAAGGAACAAGGGAGUUCUUGAAUGAGCUGAGUUUGAUAUCCAACAUAAACCAUCACAACCUUGUAAAAUUGCAUGGCUGCUGCGUCGAUGGAGAUCAGAAAAUGCUUGUCUACAAUUAUCUAGAGAACAACAGUCUUGCACAGUCCCUUUUUGGCAAUGCUCAUAGUAGUAUCAGAUUAGACUGGAAAACAAGGGUGAAAAUCAGCAUCGGUGUCGCCAACGGGCUCAAGUAUCUUCAUGAAGAAGUCCGGCCAGUCAUCGUCCACCGUGACAUCAAGGCAAGCAACAUUCUUCUUGACAAGGACCUUAGCCCCAAAAUAUCAGAUUUUGGUCUGGCAAAGCUCUUCCCAGGCAACAUGACCCAUAUCAGCACCAGGGUUGCAGGAACACUAGGAUAUCUUGCACCGGAGUACGCCAUCCGAGGGCAGCUGACAAAGAAGGCCGACGUCUACAGCUUUGGAGUCCUGCUUCUAGAGAUUGUCAGUGGAAGAUUCCACACUGACCCUACAUUGCCUCUUCAAGAUCAAUUCCUCCUAGAAAGGGCUUGGGCACUCCACGAGUCUGGUGAUCUUGAAAGCCUAGUCGAUAACAGCUUAAAAGGUGUUUUCGACACCGAGGAAGCGCAACGGUUACUGAAAAUAGGGCUCAUGUGCACCCAGGAUACUCCAAAGAUCAGGCCCUCCAUGUCGAUGAUCGUCAAGAUGCUGAAGGGUGAGUGUGCAAUUGGUGAUAAGAUCAUGAGGCCUGGUCUGAUCACAGAUGUCAUGGACCUGAAGAUCAGAACAGUUGAGCCGGUUCAGUUCAGUGUCUCUCCACCUAAAUCUCCUUCAGAAAGCAACUCCCAGGUGUCCACACUUGCAUUAGCUGGUAGCACUGUGGUAGAAGAGAGCCCCUGAUGGAAAGUUGUAUAUCUGGAGGAAAAGAUGCUUUCAGAUUAAAAAGAUAGAAAAAAAAUUGAAAAGAUGCCUGAAAAAACAAUGAUUGCAAAUUGGAAGGGAGAGGGAAAGAAGCAAAGAGGAUCUGAUUUUUGUUUUGUUUGUGUAUGCAGGUAGUUUUGCUAGGUAGAUAUAUUGUAGGAAAAGUUUGUAUACACAGCUUCUGAAUUUGAUUAUCACUAGCUACACAAAACCCUGGUGUUUAUACUA